GUGGCAUGUUGACGGCCACUAAACAAACGUUUGGCCGAACAGGUUCCACGGGUGACGCAUAACAGAAAGGACGACCCGGCGCAGAUGUUGAAAGAUAAUGAAGCAAAUGAUGUGCAUUACCAGAAACGCUUGCAAACGAACCACAUCGAGCGUCAAAAGCUUCAACGGAACUAUUACGAUAGCCUCGAUGAAUCAGUAACUACAUAUGGUCACAUGAACGCUGGCAGUACCAUGGACUGGCUGGAUGUGAUCGCUCACCCGCUGUGGAUGGUCACCACGCUGCUGUUGUGGAUGGUGGUGCGCCGGCAGCGGAGAGGGACGUGGGACCCGCGAGCCUGCCCCACGCAGCUCAAAGGGAAGACGGCGAUUGUGACUGGAGGCAAUUCAGGGAUCGGAAAGUUCAUCGCCAUGGACUUUGCUCGCCGGGGUGCCCGGGUUAUUCUGGCUUGUCGAAGUGUGUCCCGUGGCGCAGCGGCAGCUCAAGAAAUCCAAGCGCAUACGGGAAACCCCGACGUGCACGUGCGUCAGGUGGAUCUUUCUUCUCUGGAUUCUGUCAGAGAGUUUACUGAGAAGAUUCUGGAGGAGGAACGUGCUCUUCACAUCCUCGUCAACAAUGCUGCGGUGUCAGGUUUACCCCGGGAGAUUACCAAAGAUGGGUUUGAUGUUUCUUUUGCAACCAAUCAUUUGGGACCUUUCCUUCUCACCAACCAGCUCCUUGACCUGAUCAAAAGUUCCGCCCCAGCACGCAUUGUCACUGUCAGUUCCGUCAACCACAAAAAGGGUGAAGUGGACUUCUCUCAUUUUCGUGGGGAAAAUGUCACUUACAACCUCGAUCGAGUUUACAACCACACCAAGUUGCACAACAUCAUCUGCACAAACGAGUUAGCGAGGAGGCUUCAAGGAUCAGGCGUCACGGCCAACUCGGUCCAUCCUGGUAUCGUCAUGACGGGAAUGAUGAGGCACUACCCCUUCAGGAUUCGUUUUAUCUUCUGCCUCAUUGGACAGUUCUUUUUCAAGUCUGCAGAAGAAGGGGCAGUCAGCACCAUCUACUGCGCCGUGUCAGAGGAAGCCGAAGGCAUCAGCGGAAAGUAUUUUGACAGCGACUGCUCCAUUGUCCUCCCCGCCCCCUUGGCCCGAGACGCGGCCCUGGCAGUCAAGGACUUUGAGAUUUGCGAAAGACUGACAUCGAAGCUGUGAAACAAUGUUCCUCCUGAUAACAGAAAGGAGGUCCAAUUGCCCUACCCGUGAUGUUGUUAAAGCGGCUGCCCUGACUUUUUUAACCUCAGGUUGUGAUUAAUGCAAGAUAGAACACUGCCAUGUUUACAAAUUGAGCCGAGUGUCUCUAUCUUAAUUAAAUGUCGUCUGCCUUGUAUGUUGCCUUUUUUUUGUUUGUUUAAUAACUGACGGAUAUUGGCAGGGGUUUUGGAAACUGAGCGACAUGACCUCUCAAAUCACCUUUUUGAUGUUAUUCUUCACGAUUCAUCAUAUUAUUCAUCGUGUUUAUGCUUCCUAUUCUUUUAAUUAGAUUAGUAGCGGUAAAGACACGCCUCCCUGAAUUUUCUGAAAAGCAUUUUUUUUUUAUUUGAAUUACUAGCAGUGGUUAGUGUUCAAACUUGUACGACCAGUACUUGCUUCUAAGAUUAAAAAGAAAACUCACAUUUUUCAUGUCAACAUGUCUUUACCGUUCUGGGUCCCCAAACAAUGUUUUCAUGAUUUGCAAAAAAGGGAGACAUUGCUCAAUAUGUCUUUUCCAUGAAAACUAGCGCAGAACACGUUUUAUUGUCUUUGCAGGUCCUUUCUGUGGUUCUUUUGCCAAUGUGCUUUUUUUUCCCCACUCAUGAUGCCUUUAUUUUUAUUGUCACAAUCGCGAGCCUCUUGAUGUUGUUGCAAUACAUCAGAGGGAUCCGUGAGCCAACGUGCCGGUGGAUGCGGCAGCCGUUUUGCAGUCACGUAGUAGCGUCACAGAUGGUGUUUAUUUCUGCGAUAUGUUUUUUUUGUUACGACGACUGGUUAAAGACUUGGAACGAUUUUUCUGAAAGUGUUUGUUUUUGCAGCGGUGUAAAAAUGUGUAUCUCAGUGGUCAUUUACUCUGAAAUUGUGAGAUUGAUGCACGGUGAGACGUAUUCUAAAAGAUGGCUUUUCUUGAAUAAAAGCUAUUUCGAGUUUGCUUA